UAGUAAGGAUUCCGCCUUUUGGGGUAGAAGAAGGGAGAGCACACCCCCCCCCCUCCAACUCCGGCCCCCAGCCUAGGAGGAGUAGGAAGUGAACCAUUCCCCUCCUCCCUUCUCGUCCUCGUCCAGUCCUCGCGACGGCGGCGUUGGCGGACUGAUACGCGGCGGCGGUGAAGGGGCCCGGCGGGGGAGGGGCGGAGCGUGGCAGCUGGCAGUAGUUCCGUCAGAGCGGACAUCUUGUGGCUGUGUCGUGCGCGUGAGCCCCGUAGGGCCGGGGAGGCACCAGCUGCCGCGCGGGGAGGAGGCCGAGGCCGCAGCUUGAGGGAGGCCCCGGCCCCUCUGUACGCGUGGGUGUGGAUGACUAGGGGAAGGGGAGGCCGGCCGACUUGGGCUGGCCGGGCGCCUGUGUCGGGCGGAGCCGGUGUGAGAAGAGAGAUCCCCUCCCCCAACCCCUCCCCGCCGCCCGGGAUAAUCAGAGUUUUUGGCCGGACCCUUCUGCCCACCGAGAGCGUGCGGAGUCAGGCGGAAAGAAGCACACACCAUGGCGCUGAAACGGAUUAAUAAGGAACUUAGCGAUUUGGCCCGUGACCCUCCAGCACAGUGUUCUGCAGGUCCUGUUGGGGAUGAUAUGUUUCAUUGGCAAGCCACAAUUAUGGGACCUAAUGACAGCCCAUAUCAAGGCGGUGUAUUCUUUUUGACAAUUCAUUUCCCUACAGACUACCCCUUCAAACCACCUAAGGUUGCAUUUACAACAAGAAUUUAUCAUCCAAACAUUAACAGUAAUGGCAGCAUUUGUCUCGAUAUUCUAAGAUCACAGUGGUCUCCUGCUUUAACUAUUUCUAAAGUUCUUUUAUCCAUUUGUUCACUGCUAUGUGAUCCAAACCCAGAUGACCCCUUAGUGCCAGAGAUUGCACGGAUCUAUAAAACAGACAGAGACAAGUACAAUAGGUUAGCCAGAGAGUGGACAGAGAAAUACGCUAUGUUGUAGGGUACAACAGAAUAUCUCGAGAAUGGACUCAGAAGUAUGCCAUGUGAUGCUACCUUAAAGUCAGAAUAACCUGCAUUAUAGCUGGAAUAAACUUUAAAUUACUGUUCCUUUUUUGAUUUUCUUAUCCGGCUGCUCCCCUAUCAGACCUCAUCUUUUUUAAUUUUAUUUUUUGUUUACCUCCCUCCAUUCAUGCACAUGCUCGUCUGAGAAGACUUAAGUUCUUCCAGCUUUGGACAAUAACUGCUUUUAGAAACUGUAAAGUAGUUACAAGAGAACAAUUGCCCAAGAUUCAGAAUUUUUUAAAAAAUGGAGCAUGUGUAUUAUGUGGCCAAUGUCUUCACUAUAACUUGGUUAUGAGACUAAAACCAUUCCUCACUGCUCUAACAGAUGCUGAAGAUACCAUCUGAGGGGGAAGGGAGAUGGAUAUGCAAUUGUCAUAUCAAAGGAAGCAACAUUACUGUAGCAGCAUCCAUCUUGUUUAAGCCUUCCAUUGUUAGAGACUUGAGGUUUCAUGAUAUACUUUAUGCUCAUAACUGAUGUGGUUGGAGAAUUGGUACUGAAUUUAUAGCAUCAGCAGAACAGAAAACGUGAUGUAUUUUAUGCAUGUCAAUAAAGGAAUGACCUGUUCUUGUUCUACAGAGAAUGGAAAUUGGAAGUCAAACACCCCUUGUAUUCCAAAAUAGGGUCUUGAACUUUUUGUAAUUUUCAUUUAAAUUUUGUUAGGAGGCUUGGAGCUAUUAGUUAAUCUAUCUUCCAAUACACUGUUUAAUAUAGCACUGAAUAAAUGAUGCAAAGUUGUCAAUGGAUGAGUGAUCAACUAAUAGCUCUGCUAGUAAUUGAUUUAUUUUUCUUCAAUAAAGUUGCAUAAACCAAUGAGUUAGCUGCCUGGAUUAAUCAAUAUGGGAAACAAAAUCUUUUGUAAAUGCAAAGCUGUUUUUUGUAUAUACUGUUUGGAUUUGCCUCAUUGUUUGACAUCAAAUGAUGAUGUAAAGUUCAAUAGAGUGAAUAUUUUGCCAUGUUCAGUUAAAGUACACAGUCUGUUUGGGUUGACACAUUGAUCAGCCUGAUGUGUGCAAAAGUUAUAAGCUAAUCUGAUAAUAGUGUAGCUGGACUGCUGCACCUAUUACUGGAAGCCCAGAGUUCGAAUGGACUUGGGACCCAGAAGUUUUGAAAUGAGUUUAUGUGGGGGUAAACUAUCUAUCUCUAGGUGCCACCCCUUCUUGCUGACUUUUUCUUCACCAUGUACAUUUGAAAACAGCUUAAAUCCUAACAUGGGAGUAAUAAUGGGACAAAUAUACAAAAUAAAGUACUGUUUGGUGUGGGAGUUGUCAA